AUGGCUACAUCUCAGAGAGCAUUGAAUGCAUAUCGUGCCGCUUUGCGUUCUACUAGAAUUGCUUUCGGAAAUGAUAUAACCACCCUAAAUGCUGCUAGAAAUCAAAUUAAACAGGAAAUGAAAUCUGAAGUUUCAGCAACAAAUCCCAAACUAGAUAUUCCAGCUAGGAUCGAGCUUUUGGAACAGGUGAGUGUCUUUUUGAAACGUAAUGUUGUUCAGGGAGUGAAAAGGAAGGAUGUGGAAGAAACGAAAUACACUUUGAAUAUUCAUCAGGAUACUGAAUUAGGAGACAAUGAAGAUAUUAAGGUAAAGAAGUCUACAUUAACUGCAGGUGCCGCAAGUGGUGGGGGCUGUUGUGGUAAUGGCCAAAUUGAAUUACAGCAAAAACACUAA